UGACUUGUUUCUUUCUCACAUUUGGGCUGGGGUUUUGGCUGGUUAGAGCCACCGGACGGAAAGGCGCCUAGGGACGAUUUUUGAUUUCUGCUUGUUUCCUUUUUCGCGUUUGUUUCGUUUCUUAUCUUCCACCAUUCAUCUGCAUGCGGCAUUCAAUUCGGAAUGAUACCUUUCAGCAUUACGGGGUCGGAAUUUCAGGCUUUUGUUAUUCUUUGGACUAUCGACCUUUGUGCGUGGCGUCAGUUCUCGGAUUUCUUGAGCAACUCUUCAUCGUCUUUUUUUUUUUUCUCCCCUUCUCUCCAACAUCCUCGGACUUUUUGUCAAGCCCCUUUUUUCUUCUCCUUCAUCCUUUUUCUUCUUCGUUCACAUUAUGUGGCUUUUCCGAUACCAGCUUACGAGCAUGAUAUUAAACUUCUGGAAUUGUAUUUGCAGAUAACAGAGCGUUUUUUCAUACCCUCGAUGUUUAUUUCUUUUCUUCCUUUUUUUUUUCUGUCUUCACUUUCUAUAUUUUUAUAUUCCUCUUUUUCUUUUCGCAUUUUCUUUUCUCUAGUAGAUAAUUAUUGAUAUACCGGUAUCGGAUUGAUUCAUGCUGCUUUUUUUUCUCUUCUCUUCUCGCUAUUCUCUCUGGCUUGAUGACCGGACCGGGCUCUUUGUUCUGUUGACGAGACAGGUUCAGUCCGAACCAUGAUAUGAUAUGAUGAUAUGACGAGCAUGCAUGCAUUGCAUU